ACUUCCUGUGGCCGCCGCCGCCUCAGUUUCACAACGCCGCAGAGAGAAGGGAGUGGAGUGUGUUGGGGCGGGCGGGGGGGAGGGCAGAACUGGGGAGGGGGGGUGGGUGGGUGGAGAAGACGAACCCACCCCUGAGGCAGCGGCCGGCCGAGUGACCGCCAGCCCCCCCUUCUUCCUUCACGGCCGUACCGAGUGGGAGCUGACUCGCCGCCGACAAGCGGAGCAGAAGGGGCGGGGCUCGGCUCAGGAUCAUGGAUUUUCCUGGACACUUUGAACAAAUCUUUCAACAACUAAACUACCAACGACUUCAUGGCCAACUUUGUGAUUGUGUCAUUGUCGUGGGGAAUAGACAUUUUAAAGCACACCGUUCUGUGUUGGCAGCAUGCAGCACCCAUUUUCGAGCCCUUUUUACUGUAGCUGAGGGAGAUCAAACCAUGAACAUGAUCCAGCUGGAUAGUGAGGUGGUGACAGCAGAGGCCUUUGCUGCUUUGAUUGAUAUGAUGUAUACCUCUACACUUAUGCUUGGGGAGAGUAAUGUUAUGGAUGUCUUGUUGGCAGCUUCUCAUCUGCAUUUGAACUCUGUUGUUAAGGCCUGUAAACAUUAUUUAACUACAAGGACGCUGCCUAUGUCUCCCCCCAGUGAUAGAGUUCAGGAACAAAAUGCACGAAUGCAGCGGUCUUUUAUGCUUCAGCAGCUGGGACUGAGUAUAGUGAGCUCUGCAUUAAAUUCCAGCCAGAGUACAGAAGAGCAACAGACUACCAUGAACUUAUCAAUGAGGAGUAACAUAGAACAGCGUACGACAUUUCCAAUAAGGCGCUUCCAUAAGCGGAAACAGUCUUCAGAAGAUCGAGCCAGACAGCGCAUCAGACCUUCUUUAGAUGAGUCCAUGGAUGCAACUCCAGAGAAUGGACAGACAGUGGUUCAUUCUCGUGAGGAGUUUUUUUCACCAGAUUCUUUGAAAAUUGUGGACAAUUCUAAGUCAGAUUCAGUAACUGAUAACCAGGAAGACAAUGCUAUCAUGUUUGAUCAGUCAUUCAAUGGGCAAGAAGAUGCCCAAAUGCCCAGUCAAUCUGACAACAGUGCAGGGAACAUUUCUCAAAUGUCCAUGGCAUCUCAGGCAACUCAAGUAGAAACCAGCUUUGACCAGGAAGCUACUUCUGAGAAAAGUGGUUUUCAGUGUGAAAACCCAGAGGUUAGCCUCAGUGAGAAAGACCACAUGAGAGUAGUGGUUAAAUCUGAACCUUUGAGCUCUCCUGAACCUCAGGAUGAAGUGAGUGAUGUUACCUCUCAAGCAGAAGGCAGUGAAUCUGUGGAAGUGGAAGGUGGGGUGGUCAGUGCUGAAAAGAUAGAGCUGAGUCCAGAAAGUAGUGAUCGUAGUUUUUCAGAUCCACAAUCCAGCACUGACAGAGUAGGAGACAUUCAUAUUUUGGAGGUUUCCAAUAAUCUGGAACACAAAUCCACUUUUAGUAUUUCAAAUUUUCUAAACAAGAGCAGAAAUAGCACCUUUAGUGCCAGUCAGAACAAUGAUGACAACAUUCCAAACACUACCAGUGACUGCAGAAUAGAUAAUGACACAUCUUAUUUAAUAAGUCCAGAGUCGGGGCCUACAAGUGGUCACUCCUCUGCUACUGUCUCUCAUGUGGAGAAUCCUUUCAGUGAACCUGCAGACUCACAUUUUGUUAGACCUAUGCAGGAAGUAAUGGGCCUUCCCUGUGUGCAGACUUCUGGUUAUCGAGCCACGGAACAAUUUGGGAUGGAUUUUCCCAGAACUGGUUUGGGAAUACACUCUCUCUCCAGGGCAAUGAUGGGUUCCUCUCGAGGGGGAGCCAGUAAUUUUCCAGGCUACCGUCGUAUAGCUCCAAAAAUGCCAGUUGUGACAUCUGUUAGGAGCUCUCAAAUACAAGAUAACUCAGCUAAUUCCCAGUUGUUAAUAAAUGGGCCUACUUCCUCCUUUGAAAAUGGGCAUCCUUCCCAGCCUGGUCCCCCUCAAUUGACCAGAGCAUCUGCUGAUGUUCUAUCAAAGUGUAAGAAGGCCUUAUCAGAGCACAAUGUCUUAGUUGUAGAGGGAGCUCGAAAAUAUGCCUGCAAAAUCUGCUGUAAGACAUUUUUGACCUUAACAGACUGUAAGAAGCACAUUCGUGUACACACAGGUGAGAAGCCCUAUGCCUGCUUAAAGUGUGGCAAGAGGUUCAGCCAGUCAAGCCACCUGUAUAAACAUUCCAAGACUACUUGCCUCAGGUGGCAGAGCAGCAACCUACCUAGCACUUUGCUCUAAUCCUGUUCUUCCCUCUGAUCAAAAUGAAGUCAAUACCAAUUUCAAAAGAAUUUUUACCAGAACUAUUGGCAGAUACUUAACGUUAUUUUGUUUUAGGUUUCAGGCUGAAUGGUGUAAUUAGACACAGGCACUUGUGCGAAUAGGUCUUUGAGAAGAAUUUAGAACUUGGAGGAAAAGGGAUGGAAUCCCUGAGGCCAAGUUUUUCCUUUAGGGUUGAGUUAACAGGGAGAGGAUAUUUAGUAUCUUUUGAUCCUAAAAGUGGCACGUUUUAAGUAUGAAAAACUAAAGUGCAAAUUUUUUUAAAGCAAUUUUUGUAAAAUUGUGUGAAGCAUUUAAAUAAAAUACCUGUACAUUUACGUUUGCUAUAUUAUGUGUCUGAACAAUGAUGCAAAGAGCUCUUAACUGUUACUAAUGGCGACUGUGUACCUGUAUGGGGGGAAAGCCCUUCCGGAUACCUCUGUCUGCCACUAAAUGCUUUAAAGUAUAUUAUGAAAAUAGUUCUAGGGGUUCAGAAUGUACUGUAUUUUUUAUUUUAGGUUGUCGCAGUAAUAGACACUGCGCUAUGAUGGUGCUGAAAUUGAGUCCAUAGCAAGCAUUCUUGUGGACUAUUAGAUGUAUAUACUUAUACAGCAAGAUCAUUUGGAUGUUUGAGCAAUUUUUCUUGUUUUACAACAAAAUUGUAUAUACAGUAUGUACUUGUAUUGAGUGAUUAGUGAAGUACUGUUUCUGUAUGUGCUGUUAGCAGUAUUUUAACCAACUUGUAUUUCAGAUGUUAAAAUUCCAUAUAUAUAUGUAUAUAGUAUAUAUAUGGGAGUUUAAAAAGAAUUAGUCUUUGUCUACUUCAUUCUAAUAACUUGUAAUUAUGUUUUGUGGAACUUUCUUUUUUUUUUAUCAGAAGAUGACCUUUUUCAAAUGUUAACAGUCAAUCUAAUCCCAACUAUCUUGUAAGAAGACUCUCCCUUUUUUCCCCCUUUAAGGCUCUGAGUUUCCAUACGUGAACCUUUCCAAAUGUGGUAUUAUUUCUUAGUUAUGCUCAAAAGUCAAUUUAGUUUUUGUUGGAAGGAAUAUAUAAUUUGAGAAAAGAGCCAAAACUUCUGUUUCAUUUUCCCUCAAAAUCUCCCCCAACACCUCUGCCAAGAAAAUGUUUAAAAAAGAUGUUUCCAAUUUAGGUACAACCUUGUUUUAUAAUUCUCUAUUUCCUAAAACUUUGUUUUAUAAUUUAAUAUUUCUCAAACCCUAAAUAAAGGUUAGGCAUUCUAUGGCAUAGCAACCAUUGAGUAGUAUGUGAGAUAGUGGCAUUCUGUCAUUCACCAGUCUCACUGAUUACUUUUCUCCUUUGUUUUUACUUGGGCUUCCUUUCUCUUAUUUUCCCUUCUUCUGUGCCUGUGCCUCAGGGCUACCAGUGGUAGCUAUGGAUAUUGCUCAGCCCUAGUGACAACAUUCAGAGCCAAAAAAACACCACCUCUAGAGGAUCGCAGUGAUCUUACUUUAGGGCUUCUUUAUUUUAUUCCCUAGAGGUAUUUAUUGCUUUAGUACUUUUUCAGCCAAUGUACAGAUAGGUGAGUUCAGCAUACGAGGUUUUUUUGGAUGAGUUAAAUUGUGUAUAAUUUGGGUAAACACUUCAGAAUCAUUGUGUUCAGAAUAGAGUGAAUUGAUUUAGGGGAACCCUGGAACAAAAAUCAGUCUGAAUCUGAUGUAAGUAGUAAACUUCUGUGCAGUUUAAUGCACCUGAAGAUAUUCUGAUUCUGCUUAGAAUGGAUAUUGACCUCUCCUAAUAAGAGCUUUGAUUUCAUGAAGUAAAGGCAAAAAUAAAACCUAUCUUUGGGUUAAACUUGCAGUAGUUGUUAGUCUUAGAGGGUUAAGCUGCCAUACUGAGAAGAAUGUGAACAUUUCUUUCUGUGAAUGGCUAUUAAGAAAUGCAGCUGAUUAGGUCUGCACUUAAUUUUUGACUAAAUUUCCUGUGUAAGUAGGAUUAAAACUUAAUGAAUAAAACAUUUCCAAAGAUGGUAGACACACUGUGCCAUAUCAUCAGGGUAAUUAUUCUCAGUUUUAUCUUUGGAGGAGGGCAGGGAUUGUAUUACAGAUCCACUCUUUUAUAAAUCCCAAACAUUUGAGAAGCAGGGUUUCGUGUGUGUAUCCUUUAUUUAACAUAUAUGCUAUAUAGGGAUUAAAAGUCUGUUAGUUUUCUUAAUGAGCAUUUUUGGAACUAUUAGAAAUAUUAGAGGGUUUCCCAUUUGGAUUUUUAAAUGGCGUAAGUGAAUUAUUCUGAUUGGUUAGCCUUAAUUAUAGGUUAGCAUAAAGAAGCAAAAUGUUAAAUGUUGACAGAAUCCUAAAAAUGAUUUAACACCCAGUGAUAAAUGGUAAAAAUACAGUAUCUUCAAAUAAAAUUAACUUACACAGCAUGGCACAGUGGAUAGAGUACUGGUCUUGGUGUCAAGAAGACUUGGGUUUAAAUCCCACCUCUGAUAUUUGUCAGUUGUCUGAGCAUGGGCACUACUUUUCUAGGCAACUCCUAAGGUUUAUUUACUGAGUUAGAGAUGUGAUCUAAUUUGGUAGAGGGAGUUCCUAACUCAAAACCAGACCUUUAGAUAAACUGUAGCAUUUUUAUUUGCUGAAGAGUUUUAAGUUUUGUAGCCAAAAACACUAAAGGAUAAAUGGUAUUACAUAUCUUUUUUUUUUUUACCAGACUAUACUAGUAAUAUUAACUAAGCUAGCCCCAAACUAUUUCAGACCAGUAGUAUUAAUAUUUUUUUAGUUGUUUUGCUCAACAAUUCCUGUUUUAGACUCUUGACUCUAGGAUGUGUAUGCCCAAAUUUCUUAACUUUAUUUUCAGAGGUUCUGUUUGCUGAGUCACAUGUUUAUUUCAUUGUCUUUUAAUUGAUUACUGUACCUGGCUUCAGGGUAUUGAAAAAUCCAUUUGCCACUUUGGCUUUGUGAUGGGGGAGUGAAGUGCGGGCCUGGGUGCUUUCAUGAGAUUCUUACAAACAUAGUUUUCUGCUGAUUGGCCAAUCUAGAUAAAAUUAUUGAACAGUGGGUAUGCCAUUGAAAUGGCUGUAGAAUGGAACUGGGUUCUUAGGAGAAAACCCAAUGAAAAAUUUCAAUAAUGGGAGAAGAGAUUGGACAGAAAGAACCAAGACACUGUGUUUAAGCUUUGGUGCUGUUACUAAUUUUAAAAUAAAUUUUUCAAACAAUU